GCCCAUCAUGUCAUCGGUCUGUUGCGGUGGGACUGGCGCACUCGGAUGACGACUGGACCAAUGCCUCCACAUCAGUCAGCAUAAAAGCUCAGCCAAAACUGGAACAAAAUGGGUCGGUCAGUUUCCGACACUGAAGGCAGGGAGGGAGGGAGGGUGGCAAGUGAAGACGAAGGACGAAGAGGUAGGUACACGGCCACAAUGAGUCAUGACAUGACAACACACAGGCACCCCGCAGCCAUACGGACGCGACAUCUGUUUAUUUACAGGCCCGAUUACCCCCACUACAUGUCCGACGCCAACCAUCACACAGGGUAGCUCGCUAGAAAGACUUAAACAAGGUGUGUGAAUGCAUACAUGCUUGCUUGAAAGCGGCGUCUGAGGGCGCGAGAGGGUAGAUGCGAUGCGAUCAGGACGGCUUGGUGCUGACGUGUGGUGUGGUGCUUCUCUUCAAAAAGAAGAGUGUGCGGGAGGGAGGGUGUGGCAGUGAGCUGUGGCGUGUCCAUCUAUCGACCACACCCACAACGGCCGACGGACGGAAGAAAAACCUCUUCUGUGUGACCCAAGCAGUGUCGUGGGUGGGUGGAUGGGUGGAUGGAUGGAUAGAGCGAAUAAGACAGACAGGCAGACACGAAUUCCCCUCCCUCUCAAGGCAUGCGAUAGACGGUGCGGUAGUCUCCUGUGCUGUGCUCUGCUGUUCUGUUCUGUCAAGUCAGUCAGUCGGUCAGUCAGUCCGUACUCCAAACAAACCACAACGAGCGAGUGCAUCGCACCCACACACUGACUCACCCGUACGUGCCCUCCCUACCCCCCGCUCGCCAACAAAGCCCCACCCACGACUUUGCAGCCCUCACGGACAGCACCAGGCAGGCAGGCAGGCAGCUAUACACAGUCCAUCCAUCCAUCAAUUCAUCCAUCCAUCCAUCCAGACACCAAUGAGGGAGGGAGGGAGGGAGGGAGGGAAGCAAGAUAGAAUGACUGUACACACGACACACACCACACCCGACGACGAACGAGGUGCGGUGCACAGGCUGUCUUUGCCUGUCUGAAUUUAAAGAUACUCCUGACUUGACUUGCCUUGCCUGACUUCCAUUCAUGUGCCCAACCAACCAGUGAAGCGACACGCACACACGCUUCAUUCAUUCAGCCAGUCAGCGAAUGAGCCAAAGCACGCCAGAGGAAGGAACCGAACAGGACAUUUCUUUUCAGGCUGUUGCGAGCUCGCCCUUGAGUACGGGAGGGAUGUUCGGGCUCUGCUCGCUGCUGAGACCAUUCAGCCCUUCCUGCCGCCGAUCCUCACUCACGGGGAUGAACCUACACCAAUGUUACGCAAAGAGAGGAAAUUGACGUCGCACACAUGAACAAGUGAACGGCACAUGUGUAUGCAGGUGGAUAUAUGUUCAGUGGAUGGAUGUGCUGUGGUGUGGUGUGGUGUGUACCUCCAGACGACUGCCAGCGUGGCCCCGGUGACGGCCAUCCACACCACAGACACCGCAGGGGGCACACGAACCUGACACGACGCGCAGACAGACAGACAGACAGACAGACAGAAUGGUGAGAGGGGAGUCAACAGUGUUUUCUCCAUCCACGUUGACUGACCGCGAAGUCAGCGAAGUGCAGCUUGGCAAGGAGGAAGCCGAAUGCCGACGACUUCAUGGCCGUCUCGAUCGCAAUGGUCCGCGCCGCAACCUCACCCAAACCCAUCGCCUGGCGAACACGACAUGCACGAGACGACACAAUGAAUGCAUCACGGUCCCGGAGGCCUCUUUGUGUUGGUUCAUGCCAUCGGUGGCAGUGAGUGUCUGACCUUGGGAAUGAAGAAGCCAAAGAGCCCCCCCAGUAGGUGGAGGAGGAUGAUGGGUAUCUGCAGCUUGAUGCCCGCGUCAAGGAUAGGCUGGCUGACCUGCGCCACCGACGACGCAACCAGCAGACACGUCGAUAUCACACCCACCAGGGGCGUCACCGGCAGAAUCGCCUGGAAUGAAACACAGCAACAUACGUGCCGUCCGUCCGUCCAUCCACCCACCCAUCCAUCCAUCCAUCCAUGCAUCCAUCCAUAAAAAUCCACUCACUCAUUCAAGCUGGUACCUGUCUGUCUGUCUGUCUGUCUGUCUGUCUUUGGCUGGCUGUUCCUCAGUUCAUUCAUGUGACACACUACCUGACUCACCUACCUUGACAGCUUUGUUGAAGAACCUGUUGGCCAUCAUGCCGACAGCAAUGGGUCCCAGGACGACUGUCAUGGUGCUCUUGACGAUGCCGACAGCGUCCAGCGCCACACUGGUGCCCAGCAGGGCCUUGCAUAGGAGGGGCGUCGCGAAGAUGGCGCCGAUGGUUGUGGCCGUCGUCAUCAGCACCGACAGCGCCACGUCGCCCCGGGCAAUGUACGUGCACAAAUUCGACGCCUGCCCGCCGUUGAUGCACCCUACCAACACCAGACCUGCCAACCACACAGUCAGCAAUGUGCACAAAGACAGCACAGCACCCCUAUGUCUACGUGCGUACACAUGUACCUGCGGCAAGUGUCUUGUCGAGUCCCGCGACGGUUCCGAGGAGCUUGGCGAGGUAGGGCAUCAGUGCAUAGCACCCGACCAGCCCCACACCCACACUCGCCGGCCGCUUGAGGACCUCGAUGAAGUCCUGCGGCGUCAAAGUGAUGCCCAUCGACAGCAUCAGGACGGCCAGCGCACCCGUGAAGUACUCUGUCGUGAACCAGUUGAACGACGCGGGGCUCAUCAAUGCUAUGUAUGAGAACAGAACGGUCUGCAACAAGCCAUCCAGCCAGCCAGGCAGACGAACAAACCAGACAGACAGACAGACAGUGCACGCUGCAUCGCAACGCCUCGACCUCUCUAUGUGUGACUGACCCAAAGGGGGAAGAGGUUCGUCAGCACGUCGCUGAUCUUGACGUAGGCCUCAUACGCACGACUCCUCUUCGAUGCGGCGGCAUCCUCGGUUGCUCGCAGAGCACUCGGGUCCCGCUGGACACGCUGCAGACUGCUGACAGAUGGACUUGAAUGAGGCCUCAUGCGGCGCACUGACCGACGCACUGGCUGCAGGGCGGGCAUGACAAAUGCCGCAUCUUCCAUGACGGGCAGGGCUGACGAUAGUCGUGGCGGUCCUGUCGCACAGCAUGCUGAAACGAGCGCAACGAAGACAGACACGGCUGUGGCUGCACAGGAUGGCUUCAUGCUGCACACAGAUCCUCUC